UAAAUGUGUUAUUAAUGUUAUUAAUAAUUAAUUUAUAUUAACAUUAUAUACAUAAAGAAUAUAUUAUGACUUAAGUAUUGAUAUUUCUGUACAGAAUUUAAUUUACUGUCAAUAACUAUUUUACUAUACAGUUAUUAAAAAAUAUAUAAUUAUUUCCUAUUUCAAAACAAUUUUAUGUUCAAAUAAUAUUGUAUCAUCAUUUGUUUUUAUUCUUAUAUCACAUAACACUGAAUUUCUAAAAACAAAAAUUUAUUGCUUAAAUCUUUUUUGAUAGUAACUAAAAUCCCCUACAACAUACUUGCGUAAAGAUUGUAAGCCUCUAAAUACCCCAACCAUAUUACAGCUCUUUUUAUAUUUAUUUCAUUCGCAUAUUUUGAAUUUGAAAACUUACACUUGAUGAAUUCCAUAUUGUUGUUUUAUUAAAUUAAUGUAAACAUUUAUAAAAAUGUGCUCAUUUUAAAUGUUUAUAGUACCUUUAAUGUGUAUUAAAAAUUAAAGCUAUUAAGGAGGAAGAAUUAGUAAAAUAAUAUCUAUAAAUAAUAAACUAUUAAGAAAUUACCUACUUAGUUAUUUUAAGCACAAACAAUGGUUAAAACAAGUAAUAAGUAAUCAAUAAUAUAUUUUUAUUGUAUGCAGAAUGUAUAUCAUAUUAACAAAUUAUGUUUCACAAUCCGAAAUCUAAGAUAAAAUUUAAAAUAAUUAUUAGUACACUAAUAGAUUAAAAAAUAAAUUUAAAGUUGCACACAACAUAAAAAUAAGCUAUUUUAAUAACAAUGUUCAAUCUAUGAAAUAUGUUACCAUAAAACCAUUGAGACUUGAGACGUACUUAUUUUUAAAAUAAUUUUAAGUUUAUGCAUUAUUAAUCUCAUGCCCGUGCGUUGGAUUUUUUUCUUAUGGAGUGAUUAUGAAAAAAAAUAGUAUAAAAAAAUAUUCUACUUAUAUAUUUAAAUAUACUAGUAGAGUAGUGUAUUUUCUAAUCUAUUAUUAUUGUAGUUUUCAAAUCGGUGAUCUGUUGACAGUAAUGAUAUUCAAAUGAAUCUAAUUCUCGAGGACUUUAGUACCUAGUUUUAAUUUGUAGGUUAAGUACCUUGUAUCUACUAAAAAUUAUUUACUUAUUCAAUAUAAUUACUAAAAUAUUUAUAAUAUUAAUUACAGUAAUAAAUAAUAUCUAGGGUUCGGGAUUUGUUGCACUUAAAAUCAUCAAAAUAUGCUUAAAAAUAUGACGUAUUUAUAAUUAUACAAAUAAAAAUUUUAAAAUUAGGUAGGUAAAACACUGUACAUUUUAAUGCGACUCAAUUUUCAAGCUCAACUGACCCGCCAUUUAGUCUAUUUGAAAUUAUUACUAUCAUAUCUAAAAGAUCUACUAGUUUUGUUUUUCAGUAACGGUUAUCACUGUAUAUCAGUUAUUGGUAGCACUUAUGUGCACCCUCAACAUGUGACACCACCGUAGACCUGUCACCAGACCAAGGAUGCUGACUGCCCCAUUAUGGCAUAGUACCAUUCCCUAGCUCAGUAGCCGCCUUUACAUAAAAACACUAUUACACAGCGCUGUUCAACGGUGUUUGCGCCCUCUUCGCUUGUUUUCAAACCUUAAGAUUAUAGUGACAGAUCGGUCGUUGUUCAUCGUCUGCCAUUUAACCAGAAUUCGAAAAUACCGGUAUCACAGGUUGCCAUAACAGUUGGCUGUAGUCAAAUCACGUGUUUUCUUGCAGUUGUUUGACGUACAACCAUCGCUUACUGUUAACCUAUACUCUAAGUAGGUAAAAAAUAUUACUUACAUCGUUAAGUUAUAAAAAUACCUAAGUACCUAAUAAAUCAAAUUCAUGGCACUAACCAAGAUGGAAAAAUAUCAAUUAAUUAAUUCAGUUGACUAUAGAAUUGUCGUUGAUGACAUGCAACAACCAGUUUUAAAUGAAAAUGGUGAUCUCAUUGUGAUGAACAACGAUAGCAAAAAUUUUAUGGCAGUUCCAUAUUCUGAAGAUGUAUUAAAAAUGUUUGAUCUCAGAUGUCAUGGAAACUAUGAAUCAACCCCUGGGUCGCCGAAAGAUUCACCUGAAGAAGCAAUUGUCAUAAUAGACCCUGUGAUGCCCAAUAAAAGUUCUUCAAAAUCAUAUUGCACCGACAAGGAGAAGACAUUCGAUACCAAUCAACUGCUGUGGAUCACAAAAUAUUCAACGAAGAGGGAUAUCGAAGCGACCUGGGAAAUGCUGGAGCUAGUGGCUUCUAAAAAAUACCAAGAUAUGUUCAACAACCCAAAAAUGGUUAAGAAUCAGGCGUGGAAAAAUAUUUACAAGGAGCUAUUGUUGAAAGGGUACAGAGUCGCGAAAACGGUGAUCCAUGGAGGCGUCAAGUGUCAUCAGAAAUGGCGCAACCUAGAGAAGAGGUACAAAAACUACAUAUUGAACAAGGGGAACCCAAAAUGUUUGAAACCCAAAUGCCCGCCGCCGUACUUCGAGAAAUUGGACGAAAUUCUCAAGGAGUCGGAGAAGUACUCGAAUACCGUAGUAAUCAGCGAUGACAUGGCCGAACCUGACAUGUUGGGCACUGACAGUAUUCAUCUCACGAGCGACUCGAACACGGCACUGAACGUUAUAACCUGCCAAUACAGCCCCGGCGACGACCACUGUUACGUUGUCAACAGUUCCGGUCACGAUUCUAAGUGCAUCAAAGUAAAACCGAUGGUAAUCAAGCGCUCGACCCUCAAUGGUGGUGAUGGUGGUUAUAAUGAUAGUGAUGACGGCGAUGGCCACGUGGACGUCGGUUUGCCGUGUUCUACGUCGUCAUCCCGUCAACAUCGUAGCGACCAACAAUCAGCCGCAAUGGAAUAUAUACUACAACAAUUGGUCCACAUGCACAAGGAUACGUUGGCCAUGAUCGAUGAGCACUUCACCAGGAUGGAGGACCUGAUGAAGGAAAACGUGGCUCAGGGCAAGCGGUUGGUUGACAUCAUGAAUCAGGUUUUGCACAGCAGGCUGAUGACCGACCGGGACAACGAAAAGAAAAAUUAGUUAUACUAAUCGCAAUUGUAUUUUUAUUUAUUUUUGUCCUUGUAAUUGUAAUUAAUGGACUUCUUAAUAUUACAUUACAAAUUUCACAAUUUAA